AUGCUCGAAGUAUGGUCAUCAGACGCCACGACUGAGAGUACGAACGAGACCGAUGGAAGUUCUAUAUUUGAACCAAAUACUGUAUUCCAAAACAUCAACGGUUCACUCGCACCCCCGGAAGAAUGCAUACGGGGAGCCUUCUGCAAAUACAGCCUCCCAUCUGGAAUGGAGACCGACAACGACUUACCAAAAGUACUCACUGCGAGGAGUGAUGUUAACUUGAUGCACUCCUCAUUUGCAUCAAAAACGCCAUUCAUGAACCUCACGGCCAUAGUCGGUAACAUGCAAGACGACCCCAACCCGCACAUUGCUGCCGUCGAAUGCUCCAUGUCAUUCUGUGUCACAGCGUACAACACGUCAGUCCAGGGAGGCCGGCUGACAUCUGUGCCGAUCGCCACUUCAGACAGGCUUUCCGAGACGGCAGAAGACUCCUGGCCCAUCGGCGGGGAUGUACAUUGGGUCCCCGGCCGGGAGGUCUACGUCGUGCCAGAAACCUGCUACCAGCCUGGCGGCGUUGUGAAGAACCCUCCUUAUGAAGAAGGCGACGGUUGUGCCGUGCAGGUGGAAGCAGCCAACGGUGCUGCCCUGGCUUACAGCAUAGGGCAGUAUGUGACGGGCGAGGGCUCGUGGACUCACGUGGGUGGCAUCCCGGUAUCGUGGGAGGGCAACGCCGAUACUCUGCAGGCGCUGUACGGGAGCGGGCAGACCGCGGACAUCGAGGAGACUAUGAAUUCUUUGGCCGUCACUCUCUCCGCCAACGCACGUAGCUCGGGUGACAUCUGCAAUGGCAGAGUUGCCACGGGCGAAGUGCAGAGCUCAGAGGUCUACAUCGUUAUUCUGUGGCCGUGGAUCGUCAUCCACGCUUCACUGGUGUGUGCAUCGCUGGUGCUGUUUGUGAUUACCCUCAUCAGCACCCGCAAGGACGUCAUUUGGAAGUCUUCUAUCCUGCCGUUCUUCCUCAUUGGGCAGAGUUCGGACGCACGUAUCGAGCCGAGCGCACAAGGCGACUGCAGUCUGUCUACGAUCGAGGAAUUGUCGAAGGCGGUCAGUGUGCGCCUAACCCCUACGCCUCAGGGCUGGAAGUUUGGCAGGCCGUAG